UGUUAGUCCACUGUUUACUUCCGAUUCCUUAGCCAGUUUCGAUCCAACUAAAUACUAGGGUAAUAAAUCACAAAAAAAAAAUAGCAGCUAGAUAGUUAAUAGUUUAAUAUAAUAAUAUUAGUAGAUCUAGAUCUAGUUAUAUAGAAGAUCUAACUGAAACGAUUGGCCUUGCAAUUCUAUAUAGUAUAUAGAUUUAUUUACAACUAGAUUUAGGCCCUACUGAUUUUUUAUUUACACCUGUCACUGUCAGUGAACUCAGUGACUGUCCUGUCUGGUCUGUGUGACUGUCUGGUUAGGUAAGAAAGCAAAAUUGAAUAGUUUCUGGCAUAAACUGUCACAAUGGUUUGUGUUCCCUGCAUUGUCGUACCAUUCCUUUUGUGGGUAUUUCAUAAAUUUAUCAGUCCAUGGCUAUCAAAGUUUUGGAGCAAACCUGCUGAAAUGGUAAAAAAUGUUGAAAAUAAUCUUGUGUGUCCUAUGCCAAAGAAAAAGAGACAAAAAGUCAAGGAAAAUGAACCAGAGACCACACCUCUUAUUGAUGGAGAAGAUCCCAAAGAAGAUGAGAGCCUGUCACAAGAUGAAGCAGAUUGCAAAGAAGAUGAGAGUCCAUUACCAGAUGAAGUAGACCCCAAAGAAUAUGAGAGUCUAUUACCAGAUAAACCAGUUGAUAGUAGACAACACGUAAAAGUUGAAUAGUGAAGUUAGUAUUUAAUUUCUAAAUGUCUGUGAUUUUAAGAAUAAUGCCUAUACUCAAAACAUUCAUUCAAGUAACCAGAAAUUCACUAACAGUAUUGGUUUAUUGAAAUGAUUUUGAUUACCAUAGCAUUGAUACAAUAAUGCUGUACUGUAUUAUUUAUUCAGUUUUUUUUUUGUUUUACUAAAAUGGAAAGGUUGAGUCUUCAAAUUUUUUUUUUUUGGAAAACCAAGUUUGUUAAUAUUAGGAUUUUGGUGGUAUAUUUAUAGAUUAAUUACAUCAUCCUUUUUCCAUGCAUUUAAUUUUCAAACAAACUUGAAAGUUAUCUAUUUAAUUGACCAUUUUACUGGCGGGUACAUCAUGUCUAAAAAGUAAAGUUCACAGAGAUUAUGUAAUAAAAAAGAAAUGGUUUGAAAUCAAUACUUUAUUGAGGCUUACACUCAGAUAAUUAUUUACAAGUUUCAUUGUAAAACAAGGUCCAAAUCAGGUCAACUGUAGGGUUAGUUCAAAUUUCUUUUUUUAAUCAAUGCAAAUUUUAUAUUAACAGAUACCAAUUGGUUUGGUAUUUUUUUU